AUGCCAUCGGGUGACCUUGCUGUCUUUAAGGAAUUGCUUUCUAAGGCACGACAUGAUUUAGCCACUCCUGAAGCUUUUCGGGAUAAUCCAAGCUUAGUUUGGGAAUUUUACCACUACCGCCGGGUUCUAGUAUCUUCUAAGACACCAAAUUCUGGGCAUUAUGCGCUCAUGGAACUGGAAAAUCUGCUCACAUCCGCUAAUCGUAAUUUCACUUUGGCAACUCAAAACGUUGAUGGAUUUCAUUCAUCAAUUGGAAGCAAAAACAUUAUUGAGCUUCACGGGAAUCUCUUCAAAGUCCGUUGUACAAAGUGUGGAAAGGUGGCAGAAAAUCAUGCAAAUCCAAUUUGUCCAGCAUUGGCGGGUCGUGGGUAUGCUUACUUGAAUGCACUUAAUCGCAAUAAUUUCGUCAAUAGGAAGUCUGCAUGGUUUCUUGAUUGCUGUUACUUGCAAUACCCUAAGUGA